AUGGCGGACGGAAGGAAUCCUCCAGUUUUAUGGGCUCAGAGAAAAGACAAAUUGUUUAUCACUAUCCGAGUAGAGGAUUGCUAUGACCCAAACAUAGAUCUUCAAGAAUCUAAGCUGAUCUUUAAGGGCACAGGUGGUGCAGAAAAAAAUUUAUAUGAAGUAACAAUUCCUUUCUGCGAAGCUGUCAUUCCACAGGAGACAAAAAAAUCCCUUGGUGCCAGAGAACUUUAUUUCGUGAUAAAGAAAAAGGAAGAAGCAUGGUGGCCAAGAUUGUUAAAAGAAAAAGUCAAGACGCAUUGGUUGAAAACAGAUUUCAGUAAAUGGAAAGAUGAAGAUGAUUCUGAUCCUGAUGAUGGUGCUGACGACUUCAGCCUUAAUGAAAUGAUGAAUAAAAUGGGUGGAGUUGGAGAGGACGCUGAUGAGAAUGAGGAAGACAGUGAUGAUGAAAGUCUUCCUGACUUAGAAGACUAA